AUGUCCGAUCGAAAAUCUAAUGGACCAUCGUCAUCUGUUCAGCGAUCAAUAUCAUUGGAUGAAGGCGAACAAAUACAUGGAAGAAAACGAGAAAGUGAUGAUCAAGAAUCUACUAGAUUUUCACCUCAUACAAGUCAUACAGCGGUAGUAAUUCGACCAGAGGAAACUUCUCCAUCGUCAGUAAUUCGUCAAUCAAAUUCUUCCAUGUCUGACUUCAAUCGAUCACGUUCAAAAGCAACAUCAACUGCUAGUACGACACCGGAAUGUGAAGUGUCAUCAACACAAACAACUGGUUUUAAUAUUCUUCAAUCAAUCAAAGAUUUAACGCAUCAAGAAUUAAAUCGUGCUAAUCCAUUAGGCCUUCUUGGUAAAGAAGUUAUAUCAGCAACCGGGACGACACAUUGCCCAGAGCCUAUUCCACCUCGCGAAUCCGAUGACAUACCGAUAACGCAUAUACGAACAACAUCAUCAUCAUCAUCAUCGAUGUCGCCAAUCGAUGAUAAUGAACCGCAACAAUUACAUUUUCCAUUAAACGAAGAAGAAAUAGUUCAAAUGCAACGACGCCGUUCAAUGUUAUUAAAUACGACUGAUGUUACACUUCCACCAUGUCCAGCGGAGUUUAUGCCAAUGAACGACGAUGAAGAAGUACAGCAAGCGCAUCUUUUUUCUCAGCCAUCACCCGGUACUAUGGUCGCCGAUUUCAUACCUGAUACAAUGACAAUCAACGUUUUUGAAGUAUUUAUUUAUGCUUGGGGUGUAUUUGCAUUUUUCUUUGAUAUGGUAACUGAUCUUGUUUUGGCACAUGCAUAUUAUUUAGAAGGUGCCUAUUGGCUAUUUAUAUUAACAUUAAUGUGUGUUAUAUUACCCAAUCUGACCUUGUCGGUAUUUUCGCUGGUAUGGUAUAUGGAUAGUAGUCAAUUGAAAGCAGCUGCUAAUGAUCAAACUAAAACUCACUAUGAAAUAUCUCAUCAAACAACAUUUUCUCAAACGGAAGAUUUAAUAGAAAAUGAUACGACAGAAGAUCAAGUCGAUGCUCAUAUAUCACGUAUAAGACAUCCACCACAAAAGCCUGAAGAAGAAGUCAAAAGAAAAACUUUUCGUUUAUCAUCAACGACUGCUAAUAUAUUUACAUGGAUCAUACGAAUUGUUAUUCUUGUACUUCAACUUGAUUUAUGUCUAAAAUAUAUUCGUGGUUUAUACUAUACAUGGAAAGGUUUUCAAAAGCGUCAUAAUCCGAAAUGGAAACGAUUUUAUCUAACGAAACAAAUUUUAAUCGAUGCUGAUAUUGCCCUACUGCGUGUAUUUGAUUGUUUUAUGGAUUCAGGUUCUCAAGUUAUCCUACAAUUGUAUAUUAUGUUACGACUUGGUUCGACAUCCAUGAAAUUUGAUACUCUAUUUGCAAAACAAUGUUUAUCAAUUAUUUCAUCGCUUGGUUCAUUAGCUUAUGCGUUAAGCGGUUAUUCAAGAUGUUGGAGACAUAUGCAAUUGACACAUUCACCACAUGGUUGGCCCAAAGGAAAAUCUCCUCCGCAGCUUGUGUCUUGGUGGAGUACAAUUAUUCAAUGGUUUUGGUAUCUAUUUUUAAUAACACCAAGAGUCUUAGCACUGGCAAUGUUUGCAGCAACUUUUCGUUCCUGGUUUUGGAUUAUUCUUGUUGGACAUUGGUUUGGAAUGCUUUUUUGGAUACUUCGUUUUCGUACAAUUUUUUGUAUCAGUGAUCAAACAAAAUAUAAUCCACGAGAAGCAAUUUUUGAAAAAUGCUACAAUCUUGUUUGUUCAUACAUAUUUAUAUUUUGUUAUAUGAAUCUACGCAAAGGCGAUACACGUUUACAUUACAUUGGUUUCUACACAAUUUAUUAUAUUGAAAAUGUUUCAUUUUCAAUUAUUUAUGCAAUUCAUUCGGCUGAAACGAAUUCUGUAUUGAAAUAUUCUCUUGUUACAUUUGUUUGUGUUGGCUUUUGGUUUGCUGUUUUCUUUCAAUUUAUUUAUUAUCGUUUUCUACAUCCAAGUGAUCAUGUGCGUAUCAGUACAAAACAUAAUGUUGCAUCUAUAGCACGCAUACGACCAUUGCCUAAUUUUAAUCGUAUGAAAAAAUCGAAGUCAUGCGAAGAAAUGAUCGACGAAAAUGAUGUACAAAAUCAAAAUGAAAAUAACGACCUUAGUGAAGCCAUAUCAUUACAAUUCGAUUCGAAUCCGAUUAAUGAACGAUGGCAUAAUCGUUUUGCAAAAGAAAAUCGACAAAAAUUAAUUUCACAACAACAAGCGAUCGAUCAAAAAGUUAAAUUAACAAAAGCACAAAAGCAAUUGGAAGAAUCAACGAAACGUCAACAAAAUCCAUCACAAGGAAUUUUAAGAAAAUUAUCUUCAAGUUUCAAACGAUCACACAGAAAAUCAGCGCCUACUCCAACUGAUAAUAACGACAAUGAAAAUAGAACUACAACUGAUAAUCAUUCGACUAGUAUUGAACCUCGUAGUUUUCGACUUCAACCAUUUUUUAAUGUAUCACGUGUUGCUUUGACGCGCACGCCUCACCAAGAAUCGUACGCCAAAAUGCAACAAGAAGAUGACGAAGAUUGUGAUAAACCAUAUAUUGCUUACAUAUCAGAUAGACGAACUUCGCAAUAUCAUCAACAAUCAAACAUGUAUAAUAUUGACGAAGAUUUACCUACACCAGAUAAAAAUUUCAAUAAUAUUUGUUCACAUAUGAACCCUACGAAUAAUGAAGAUGGAGAAGAAAUGAUUUUAACUGCAGCAAAGCUGACUCCAUUAAUAAUACCUUCUACGACAUUUGAUGAUAACGCAUACAUAUCAUCAACACCUAUAGGCAAUAUUUCUCGAUGUUAA